GUUCGAUCGCUUUUUCCAGCGCAAUUUUACUCUUUCAAUCUUGGCGCAGCCCUAGGAAUGCGCGGUAAGCAUCGAUCCAUUCCAACUUGCCCUGGCGAUUCGAGCCAUGGCAAGGGCCGCGGGGCAGCAGCACAAAGAUCUCUCUCCCCAAUGCGCGGUAAGCAUGGAUCCAUUCCAAGCCAUGGCAAGGCAACAGCAGCACAAAGACCUCUCUCCCCUGCUCGACGCGCUCAAAUCGUGCAGCGCUGCCAGAGAUCUCGAGAAGGGCAAGGCCGUCCACGCCGCCGCGAUCCAGAGCAGUGACGACUCCAACAUCUACGUCGCAAACAGCCUCGUCGCGAUGUACUCCAAGUGUGGAAGCCUCGCCGAUGCAAAGAGCGUCUUUGACAGGAUCUCUUCGCGCACAGUCGCCUCCUGGAACGCGCUGAUGCUUGGAUACGUGGAAAACGGGCAUGGAGAGCUCGCACUCGAGCUCCUCUCGCGGAUGACCCACGCUCCAAACGCUCGAAGCUUUGCUACUGCAGUGAGGGCGUGCGGAAUCCUGGCUGGGAGCGACGAAGAGAAGCUCGAGAGGCUCUUGGAUUUGCACUCCCGAGCGGAAAAAUGUGGCCUUGACUCGGAUAUCUUUGUGGCGACGAGCUUGGUCGAUGCUUAUGUGAAGUGUCGGAGGCUCCAGAGUUCUUGCAAGGCUUUCCAGAGGAGUUUGAGGCGAGACGUGGUGCUGUGGACGGCACUGAUCCUCGGAUGUGUGGAGAACCAAGAACACGAUUUGGCUCUCGAGGUUUUCUCGUCCAUGAUGGCCGAAGGAUGCAAGCCAAAUGCUCGGACUUAUGUUGCUGCUGUCAAGGCUUGCAGUGGUUUGGCCGAGAAAGAAGGUGGCAAGGUUUUGGAUGGGAGGCUUGUCAAGAUGGAGGCUCUGGAAAAAGGAGUUUUUCUCCAGGCUUUGGCUGCAAAGAAUGGUUUUGAUACCGAUGCUUUCCUGGCGAGCACUCUGAUCGACAUGUUUGCAAAGUGUGGGAGCAUGGUUGAUGCUCGGAGGAUUUUUGAUGGAUCGGCUCGCGGCAAAGACGUGGUUUUGUGGAACGCUUUCAUGCUGGGAUGCGCGGAGAAUGGCGAGGAAGAAGCUGCUCUGGAGGUUUUCUACGACAUGGUUGAGUUCUGUGAGCCGAAUCAGCGGAGUUUUGUGGCUCUUUUCAAGGCUUGCUCGGGCUUGGCGGCCAGAGAAGCUGGACGAGAUGCGGGAAAGAAGCUUGUGUGGCUUGAGAAAGCCAUGGCUUUUCACUCCCGAGCGGCACAAAACGGAUUUUCGGCUGAGAUGUUCGUCGCCAACAGCCUUGUCGAUUUGUAUGCAAAGUGUGGGAGCAUGGCGGACGCAAGGAGAGUUUUUGAUGGGAUGGAAUCGUAUGAUUUCGUCGCAUGGAACACUCUCCUUGUUAACUACGUGGAAGACGGACAAGAACUUUUAGCUCUCGAGCUUUUCUCUGGGAUAGAAUCCCGGCUCCAAAGCUCCGGAGUGUUUGUCACUGCUCUCAAGGCCUGUGCUCGGUACGCAGCGAAAGAACAGGGAAAACAGAUCGAUGGCAAAGUUCUAAAGCUCGAGUCCUUGGAGAAAGGCAUGGCUCUUCACUCGCAAGCUUUGAAGAGUGGCCUCGAUCACGACGUUCACGUCUCAAGCUCGCUGGUGGACAUGUACGCAAGCUGCGGGAGCUGCGACGACGCUCGGAAAGCUUUCGACGGGAUGAAACAUCACGACGUGGUGUCGUGGAGCACGCUGAUCGACUGCUUCGCCGAGAACGGCCAAGGCAAGAUCGCUCUCGGGCUGUUCUCUUCGAUGGUCUGUGCGGGAUUCUCACCCAACUCCCUGACUUACGUCGCAGCUCUCAAAGCUUGUGCGAGCCUGGUGGAUUUCAAGGCCGGGAGCUCGAUCCACGCUCAAGUUUGCCGAAGAGGCAUCGAGGAUGAUCCCGUUCUAGCGACCUGUCUGGUGGAUUUCUUCAGCAAAUCCGGGGCCAUGGACAAGGCUCAGGAGGAUACAGUCACCAGGGAGACACGAGCAAAACUUUUGCGCUUUUCGACGCCAUGCAAGAACAGGGCUUACGUCCAAACGGCGUGACUUACGUGACCAUCUUGACGGCGUGCAGCCACGCCGGGCUCGUGAAGAAAGGCCAGAGUUUGUUCGAGGGGAUGACUCGUAAGCACGGGAUCUCUCCAGAGAUGGAGCACUA